AUUAGAGCAGAGAAAGCCCGGAGAGUUAUUGAAUGAUUGGCUGUCGAGUUUUGUUUAGUUGAGGCGCUACACGAACUCAAGUGUUUCCAUUUCUUCCUCAAAAAGGGACUAAAGCCGCCAGGAUCAGGACUGAGCUCGUGGCAGAAAAAUAACCGUUUCGAAACGCUGAUAACGACUACGAAUAGGCAUAUUGCUUGGAUAUUUUCUCUUUCAUAAAGCAGGAUAUUGGUCAUAACGUUAAAGCCUGAAAAAGAAGACCGUUCAGUUUACAUAGGAUGCUUGGUUAAGUUAGAAAUCUUUGGGGUUUUGUUUAACCAUUUUCUUCUGUCAACGUCAACGUCUCUCUUACCAGCUGUGUUCGUACGUCAGCGCGGGACAGAUGACGACUGAGAGCUCCCACGGACCCCCGCAGUCGACGCCCCCGAUGAGGACCAGUCCAGCGUCCACCGCGCUGCAUCCAGGACUGGUAAACUCUACAGGUAGCUCGGAGGACCAUGGCGCAGUGUCCAAGACUAAAAAGACUAACUCAGGACUGCGACGCCCGGAGAAGCCGCCCUACUCUUACAUUGCACUCAUUGUGAUGGCAAUUCAGAGCGCACCGACAAAGCGACUCACACUUAGUGAGAUUUACCAGUUCUUACAAACACGCUUCGCUUUUUUCCGAGGCUCUUACCAGGGCUGGAAGAACUCUGUUCGGCACAACUUGUCUCUGAACGAGUGCUUCAUUAAACUACCUAAAGGACUUGGGCGGCCGGGUAAAGGACAUUACUGGACCAUAGACCCCACCAGUGAGUUUAUGUUUGAGGAAGGGUCAUUUCGGCGAAGACCACGAGGAUUCAGGAGAAAAUGUCAGGCCAUGAAACCGAUGUAUAGAAUGAUGAACGGCCUCGGGUUCGGUUCCGCCAUUUUACCCCAGAGCUUUGACUACCAACCUCCCACCAGCGCACUUGCGUGCCACAGCACUGGCUAUAACCUGGACCUGUCUGGUAAUGGUUAUGAGUCAAUAAGCAGUGGACACCAUGGUCACAUAUCCCCCAGCUCCAGACAUGGUUAUAUGGCUAGCUGUCCAGUGCCCGGGAACGGAGACUAUGGCGCGGAGAGCAACACCAGCACAGUCCCGUCUGCCCCUGCAAUAGCGGGCGCGUUUGAGGGUCACUCUCCGUAUUCAGAAGGAACAGCUCUAUGGGCUUCUUCAAAUUCUCCAUACCUUAAACAGCCGAAUGCAGUCUCGAGCAACUCGCCGUCCACAGGGCAGCAUCCCGGCAUCUUCACCUACUCUCUGGAACAGGGUUACAUACAGCAAAGCGCGAGAGACAACACAGACAUGUCAGUGGGUAUAUCGCGCUAUCAGACGCAUUCUUCCCCAGUCGGAGAACGGAAGGACUUCAUGUUGAAUUUGAACGGAAUUACCUCUUUCCAUCCGUCUGCUGGUGGAUAUUAUCAUCACCAUCACCACCAUCAGAGUAUGCAUCAAGACGUCAAACCUUGCGUGAUGUAGUCCGCUUGUAGCGGAGCAUGUUGCACAGAUAAGCCCUCGGAUAACUGUGAGGUAAAGACAGUUCAUGAAGGAUUAAUAAUUGUUCACUCACUACAUUUUUGGAAAUGUAUUUUUGAAAACCAGCGUAAAGCAUCUGGCGACAUGAUUUGACCUCACCGAUCCAAGCGCAAAUGAAACAGUCAAACUCACGAAGUCAUGGACUGGCCAUUUUAUGCCUGCUGGUUAUAUUUCUAUAGAGUUUGAAUUUACCACAUAUAAGUAUAUUUCACUUAAUCUGUACAGUGCAAUGUGAUAUGGAAGCUAGCAAUAAAACAUUUCAAGGAAAGUA